AUGUCAACACCUACAGUGUUAAUAAUUUGUGUCUGCAUUAUUUCUAAAGCUUGCGCUAUGGCACCUCUAUUGCAAAACUUGGGACGCGAAGGAAGUUUUAUAAAUUGCAUUGGAUGUCGUGAAAAUUGCGCGAAAAGAUGA